UUUUUUUAUUAUUAUUAUUAUUGUUAUUAUUAUCACACACCCCCCAUUAAAAAAAUGACAGAGAAAGCGUUGGAACAAAUGACAGAAGAAGAAUUAGAUGCACGACUAGAAAGAGUGCAACAACGUACAACAGCAGCUUUACAACACAUUGAUGAAAACUUUUCGACUUGUAAUCGUAACUUGCUUCAACUUUCCCAUGAAGUGGAUCGGUUUGCGGCUGUUACUCAAAAGAUCUGGGACAACAGUCAGGGAUGGGCCAUGUUCUUUCAACACAUUCGAGACAUGCCGUCACAGAUACUAGAGGAUGACACACAAGUAUUCUCGACCAACUCCACCAACCGACCUGUGAUAUUAGAGAGGACAGGUGGGACUGCAGAAAAGAGAAAGAGGAUGGGUAACACUUUUUCAGAACGGUUAAAGUAUCGUCGUACACCUUUUAUGUCGGACACGUUUUCUAGCCCACUUCGACCCCCCACCGACCGACAUUUUAAUAUGGGUGGAAAUACACCUUCGACUUCAUCCAGUGCUUAUUCUCGAAAGAUGCGACAAUCACCACCCCGUACGGUACCUUUUACUCUGUCUGAUUCACAAUUACAAGGUACACCCAUUGCAGAACAAGUGCGACUCUUAACGGAGAAUACGAUGCAUAGUGUGGGAUAUCGAGUGUCUGAUGAAGAAGUAGAUAAUUUUGCAAUGGAUGUAGAGGAUCGAGAGAGUAAAGAAAGGUUUGAAGCAUUUUUCAAGUCGAGACAACCUACAAGUGAAAUAGAAGCCUAUGAAUUUUCAGAUGGGAUUAGACCUUUAGAGGGAAUGAUGGGAGAAAGAAGGAUAUCAUCGUAUUAUGGAAGUGAAGUGGGUAGUAGUAUGAGUGGUAGUAGUGAGUCCUUCAUUCCCAAACAAUUCAAUUUGAUCCAUUUUCCAGAACAAUUUCGAACCCCUCCUACCUCUAUCAGAUUAACAAAGGUGUAUGACUUAUUUAACAAUAGACCUGGUAUUCUCUUAACUGUCAAGGAUGUAUUGGCUUUAAUGGAUGGUGAUCAUGAUGAAACAACUAUUUCUUAUUUAAUUCAAGUACUAAGACGAAAGAAAUACAUUAAGCAAGUGGGUGAAAAAGAAGCUUGGGUGAUCAGAAGAUGAUUAGGAGAACAAAAGGCAAUGACAUACUUUUCUUUGUGAAACCCUGUUUUUUCCCCCCGUCACUGACGUCAAGUGAAGACUAAAAAGGAAAUACCGACGUCAUUUGCUCGUAUUUUUUUUUUUUUUUUUUUUUUUUU